CACCUGCAUCACCUGCAGUCACAGCUCUGUUUCUGAUAUACCGCGACGUUCCAACGAUCCUCUCUCCAUCCAGUCAUGAGUCUGAGGACCAAACGCAUCAGCUCCAGCAGUUCUGUGAGGAGCGUCGGGAAACUGGGGGGUCCGAGCUACAUGGGCAGUUUCACCGGCUUGUCCCUGGGGGGCUCCUCGCCGGGCUUCGGCAGCAGUUCGGUUUACCUGGGGGCUCCCAUCACCUCUGUGUCCGUCAACAAGAGUCUGCUUGCCCCGCUGAACCUAGAGAUUGACCCCAACAUCCAAGCAGUCCGUACCCUGGAGAAAGAGCAGAUCAAGUCACUAAACAACCGUUUUGCCUCCUUCAUUGACAAGGUGCGUUUCUUGGAACAGCAAAAUAAAAUGUUGGAAACUAAAUGGGACCUGCUCCAGUCCCAAGCCCCUGGUAGGUCUAACAUCGAGCCAAUGUUUGAAGCCUACAUGGCCAACCUACGUCGACAGCUGGAUGUGGUCAACAAUGACAAAACCAAGCUGGAUGGAGAGCUAAGGAACAUGCAGGGACUGGUGGAGGACUUCAAGCACAAAUACGAGGAUGAGAUCAACAAGAGAAACAAUCUGGAGAAUGAUUUUGUGAUCCUGAAAAAGGAUGUUGACUCUGCGUACCUGGUUAAAGCAGACCUGGAGGACAAAGUGGGAGCACUGACUGAUGAGAUCAACUUCCUCAGGAGUAUUUAUGAUGAGGAGCUACGUGAACUCCAGGCCAGCAUUAAGGACACCUCUGUCAUCGUACAGAUGGACAAUUCUCGUAACCUCAACAUGGAUCAGAUUGUAGCUGACGUCAAGGCUCAGUAUGAGGAUAUUGCAGCCAAGAGUCGCGAGGAAGCUGAGUUGUGGUACAAGUCUAAGUUUGACCAGAUGUCCAAUCAGGCCACUCUGUACGGGGAUGAGCUGCGUAACACUAAAGGGGAGAUUGCUGAGCUUAACCGCGUUAUCAGCCGUCUGCAGAGUGAAAUCGAGGUCGUCAAAGCACAGCGCGCUAACCUGGAGAAUCAGAUCGCUGAGGCAGAGGAUCGUGGAGAGCUAGCGGUGAAAGACGCUAAAGCUCGUAUUAGAGACCUGGAGGAAGCCCUGCAGAGAGCCAAACAGGAUAUGGCCCGGCAGUUACGCGAGUACCAGGAGCUCAUGAACGUCAAGCUAGCGCUUGACAUUGAGAUUGCCACAUACAAGAAACUGCUGGAAGGCGAGGAAGACAGAAUUGGACAGCAGUCUAUUGUGAAUAUUCAGCCAGUGCCUAAUUACAGUUCAAAAGGUAUGAAUGGUUACCAACAGAGCAGCUCUACAACCCCAAAAAUCCUCAUCAAGACUACAGAGACCAGAGACAACACCAGAUUCAGCACCCACUGAAUUCAUCCAUCCUCCCAGUGGGGGCAACCUUAACAUGAUGAAGGGCUAUGGAUUCUUUUCCAUUUUCUGCUUCAUUCUUUGUAAACUCAUAUUAUACAUAGACUAAAUAU